AGACACGGUCGGUCUGUGCUAGCUCACUCUCCGGGUUGCAGACCGUGCUGUUGCUUCAUCAGUCGCAAUGAAGACGAUUGCCAGCUUGGCUGUCCUGCUGACAGUGGCCUCCAAAAAAUUGACGAUUCGAACCAAAUCUCAGGCGAUCCAAGCCGCACCGCAGUCCUGUGACAAGAUGAGGUGCCCGCCGGCCUGGAGACCCAAAAUGGACCAUCACACCCUGACCGGGGUCACCGGAGAAGAUUGCUGCGACAAGACCUGCGAACUUUUCGAAUGCAAAGGUGUCUACAGAUCCAAUGAGGCCUACUGGGGCAACGUGGGAUCUUCUCCGCAAGUCUGCUGUGACAAGAUGUGCGGGAAUGAGUUUGAGUGUGACGUGGGCUACGUGCUGGCUGACGCUACUGCACCGGGCACCUCCAAGAAGGAUUGCUGCCAGCCAAAGUGCGAACUCUUCAACUGCACUGCUCCGUGGGCUCCAUCCGCGGCAAAGAAAGAUGUUGUGGCCAGCAGCGCAGAGGAAUGCUGCGACAAGACUUGUGCUGCUGUUGACUGCUCCAUCUCUGGCUGGGAAGUCAACGAGAGCAAAGCGCUGCAAGCUGGAAGCACCCCGGAGGAUUGCUGCACUCCGUUGUGCGGCAACUCUGAGCAAGUCACCUGCCCAUUUGGGUGGGCGGUGCCAGAGGAGGAUGUGAACAAGACCAGCAACAGAACCAUGGAGGGAUGCUGCCAGACGCAAUGCAAAGCCUUCACGUGCAGCCCCGGCUUCGCACCCAACGUCUCCAAGGAGGAUGCCUUUGGAGCAUCUGACGAGGAAUGCUGCCUUCCCACUUGUCAGCAGUUCAACUGCUCACUGGAAGAUGGCUGGGCACCCUGGCCCGCUGUGGAGAACGACAUCGGAGCAAACGCAUCGCAAUGCUGCCUCCCCACCUGCAAGCAGUGGACGUGCAAUGCCACAGAGAGCUGGCUGCCAUACCCCGGGGGCAGCAAGGACAAUGUCACGGGUGCCAGCAACAGCGUAUGCUGCUUGCCUGCCUGCCACACCUAUUCCUGCAGCCCUGCAAAGGGGCUUAUCCAAGUUCCUGAGUCUGAAAAGGUGGGUGGCACGACAGACGAGGAGUGCUGUGAAAGUGCCAAAUGCACAAAAGUUCGGCAGAACAUGACAGAGCUUGGCGAGAAGGAGUACUGCAACGGCCUGGAGAAGGAAAAGUGCCUGACCAUGUACUCCAAGCAUACCGGCUCGACACCAGUGAAGAAUGCCGAGGGAAAGCUCGUCACCACCGUGAACACAUCUUCGAUCGUGAUGUGCAGCUUCGAUGAUGUCUACAACUUGUGCCGCUAUGAUGUCGCUGAUGCAAUUCAGGGUGGCUGCACAGGCGUGUAGGUCAAAGAACCUUGAUGGGGGCCAUGCAGGGAGAA